ACUCGGACCCGUGCUUGUUGGACGAGAUGAGGAGGAGGUGUCUUGUCUGCUCGCCUGCUCUCUCUCUCUCUCUCUCCACCCCCCACCCCCUCUCGCUCUCUCUCUCUCUCUCGAUCAGCGAGGCUUCUGCCACCAGAGCCAAGAGUUUCGUUCCACGCACCGAUGCCAAAACGCGCAGGAGGAGUCAGUGCCAAAGGGUCAUUUUAGCGCACCGCUGCUGAAAUGGAAGGACUGUAGGGAAUCCUAGAAUAAACAGGAGCCAUUUGACCCCAUAUGAUAUAAUCAUAUCAUUAAAAUCAAGAAGAGGUGAAAGGGAAAGGAGCCAAAUACGAACCAAAGCCAUCACCAGUGGACGGCUCCGUACUUCAUCUGUCAACACGGUCGUUGCAGAGGUGGGCAGUCCAGGAUUUUUAUCUGCAAACGGUCACUGCCAAUCAUACCUGCGCACCUCAUUUACUGUCAUCGGCCGCAGGUAGCCAACACACAGCUUCCUAAAAGUACACUGUGGCUUCCUCAAUCCAGGUGUUGCUUCCUCCGAAGAGCUUCAGGACAUUGUGGACAAACUGGUACUGCGCUCCUGCCCUGUCCGACUCCUCACCUCCGCGCGCAUCCAAGUUGAACUGAAGACUGUGAACAGUAGAGGGAUUAGGAGCGGGACAAGGUGGUCACCUGCGAGCUACAGAGGACCGACACGACGGUCCAAGCCGACUCCAAGUGCCGUUCACCGGGCGAUGCCAGAGUAAAUGCCGGGGCAAUGUCCCGCCGCAAGCAGGUGAACCCGCAGCACUUAUCGUUGGCGCACAGGGAGACAGGACGAGCAGAGGCCAAUCAUGAUUCGGGGGCGGUAUCUCCAUCUCCGGAGCUGUCCACCCCCGGCCCUCGGAGGGUGGGCCCCAGGGAGCAUGAUAUGCUGACCUGCGGUCAGUGCCAGACAAACUUCCCCCUGGGCGAUAUCCUGGUUUUCAUCGAGCACAAGCGCCGUCUGUGCCGGGGGCCCCGAAGCGGAACGGGGUCCUUCUCCAAGCCUGGGGAGACUGGCGGGGUCACUGGCAUUCCCAUCUCUCCCAGGGAGCUGGGUAGAGGGUCCAUUCCAGUGGAGGUGGGCAUCCAGGUAACCCCCGGCAGAGAGGAGGAUCUGGAGAAGAGGCUGACUCCGGCCAGAGGGAUCUGCCCCAAACAGGAAAGAGGAGAUAAAGAUGAACCAUCCAGUUACAUCUGCACUACCUGUAAGCAGACCUUCACUAGCGCCUGGUUCCUGCUUCAGCAUGCCCAGCACACUCAUGGCAUUCGCAUCUACCUGGACCACCACCCAGUCAACUGCUCCCUCACUCCCCGCCUGGCUCUGCCUCCACCCCUGUGCGCUAAUGCCCUGCCGCGCUCCCCUCUCCCCACAUUCCUUGGUGACACCAACAAUCCAUUCCACCUCCUCCGCAUGGCUGCGCCCCUGCUCAGGGAACACCCCCCUCCUCCGGGGUACAUGGAGACCCGGCUGCCUGCAACUCCACCCUUUAUCAGCCCUCCCCCACCCCCUAGACCCAUUCUAGAGCGGCUUGGCCCAGAGGAGCUGGGGCUGCUGUCCCAGCACCCCAGUGCCUUUGAGAGGGUGAUGCGGAUGACCCCCAUGGAGCCUCCUUCCAUGGACUUCUCCCGACGUCUGAGGGAACUGGCAGGCAACACAACCAAUAAUGGGGGGCCCACACCUCCUCUCUCACCCAACCGUGUGCCACCAAUGCACCGCUUGCUGAGUCCCACGCUUUUCCAGGCUAGCAGCAAGCCCCCGGCGUUUCUCACCUAUCCCCCGCAGCCACCCGCUUCUCAGGGGGGACACGGUUCUUCCAGCCCUCCUCACACCCAGGGUCAGAACCAGACCCCGGGGAAAUCCAAAUCCUGUGAGUUCUGUGGAAAGAUUUUCAAGUUCCAGAGCAACCUUAUCGUCCACAGACGCAGUCACACAGGAGAGAGGCCGUACAAGUGUCAUCUAUGUGAUCAUGCCUGUUCCCAGGCCAGCAAGCUUAAGAGGCACAUGAAGACACAUAUGCACAACAAGUCUGGAUCAAUGAGUGGCUCCCCAGAACAGGGAAAUAGAGAAGAGGGAGAGGGUAAAGAAAAUAGUAGGGAGGGCAGUUCAAGAGGGAUGGGGAUGGACAAUGAGGAGGAUGAGGAAGAAGAGGAGGAAGAAGAAGAGGAAGAAGAGGAAGAAGAGGAAGAACUGAGAAAUGGAAGUCGGCCAGAUUCAAACUUAAGCGAAGACUCCCAGGAGUUCAGCCAGAAUAGGGGGGAUGGUCCCAGACAGUGUCCUGGGGAGAAACCCCUGAGCGGGGAUAGAGUAAGUGACAGUGGCAGGGUGGGCAUUAUGCACCCGUACAGCCAUCUGGACAAUCACCUUAGACUUAACCCUAACAAGAGAGCCCUGGAGAGACAGCCUAAUGGAGAUGGUGGACAGAGGGGUGAAGAAAGAGAGAAUGAGAUGAUGCAGGACAGAGAGCGAGAUCAGCAGGUGGAACAAAGGCCUGUAAUGAACGGCAGGAUCAGUGUAUCUGAAGCAGACUCCUUCCCUGGGCUGUUUCAGCGUCGGCCCACCCCCAUCACCAGUCCAAACCCCUCCAACAACAAGAGGAUCAAGAUAGAGAAGGAACAGCUGGAGCUUCCCCCGACCUUACCCCUCAUCUCCCCGGAGAAUGUCUACUCUCAGCUCCUGGCAGGCUAUGCUGCUUCACGCCACUUCAUCAGGGAACCCUUCUUGGGAUUCACAGAUUCCCGUCAGUCGCCGUUCGCCACCUCCUCCGAGCACUCCUCCUCAGAGACGGGAAGCCUUCGCUUCUCUACCCCGCCAGGGGAGAUGAUGGAAGGAGGAAGCGCCUCUGGCCGCAGUGGAAGCAGUACUCCUCACCUCCUGCGAGGACCUGGACCUGGCAGGCCCCCAAGCUCUAAGGAUAGGAGGAAUGACACCUGCGAGUACUGUGGCAAAGUGUUCAAGAACUGCAGCAACCUGACGGUGCACCGACGCAGCCACACAGGUGAACGGCCCUAUAAGUGCGACCUGUGCAGCUACGCCUGCGCCCAGAGCUCCAAGCUGACGCGCCACAUGAAGACCCACGGGCAAUUUGGGAAGGAUGUGUACCGCUGCGACAUCUGCCACAUGCCCUUUAGCGUCUACAGCACGCUGGAGAAACACAUGAAGAAGUGGCAUGGUGAACAUUUGAUGGCCAGUGAGGUCAAACUGGAGCAGGCGGACAGAGGUUAGGCCAGCAGCCAUUUGUUAUUCAUCCUAAAGUGUACACAAGCAAACAAUCACACACACGUAAGCAAAAGCAGACACACACAUGCACACACAAAAUCCCUAUAACCACUUCUUCAGCUAGCUUGGCGGCUUGGCUGGAUAAUAUCUCUCUCUUUAAAAAAGUGAGAUUGAUUGAUGUUCAUCUUUUUUUUUUUGUCACAGAAACUGCCAACUGAGAAUAUAAAUAAAGGGAAACUUUAAUGAAAACGUGUCUGGAAUGCACAAAAUCGUGUUUCUUGGCAACUGUCUGAGGAUUUUAUCAGUUAGGAAUCCAUGGAGCCUUUCUACUGUGCAAUAAUUUCUGUAUUUAUUGGAUUUUUGUAAUGAUAUUUGGCAUGUGCAGGUACACCUUUGUGGGAUUUCAUAUGGAGUUAGAUUUGAAAUGUGCUAAAACUUUUUCUUUUCUAAAAUGCGAUAACUGGGAAGAAGUCACCCUGAACACAAAUGUUCUUAGUUUUUUCCUUUAAGGAAGCCUAUUAUCAUGUCCAAGUAAAAUUGUGCAAAGCAGUUAAAGUAAAAUACAACUACUAAUUGUUUUGUAUAUUUACUGCAGCAGCGGACUGCAAUCCACUCCCUAAUACAGGCCUAAAGCACUGAAUGUCAGCCUGACAAUAAAACAUCAUGCUGGAUUUACAGAAUCCUUAUAAGUUACUUUACAUUUAUUCAGGGAAUUUGUCCUUGAAAAUAUUGGCAUGUGAAUAAUUUCAAAAUGCAGUUACUGUAUUGUUGUCCUUGCUUGAGUCAGGAGAUAAAUAAAGGUUGCACUUAAUGGAGGUACCUUUAACUGACGCUCAGUACAUUCCCAAUGUAGGAUUAAACACCAUAUUUAAUAUGUUGAAUAAGUUAAGACUACUUAUGAUUAAUGUGAGGAGAACAGUCCUGUUUAUGGUUUGUAAAUAUAUUCUUUUUUUAAUAUGUUAAAGUAGCCCCGACUGUACGUGAAAGAUGGCCUAAAACUAAACAAUCAGAAGACUGCUUGGGCAAACUGGAGCUGCUUGCAUCACUCACAGUAUAUGCUAAGUGUAACUCCCAUUCAUUAUUGCUUUCUCAGACCCCCCCCCCCCAUCCUAUGUGUGCUUACUCAACGGCAGUUUGUUCAACUAAAGCUACUUCAACAAUUGUAACACUUUUUAAAUCAUUUUCCAUCUCCCCCUCGUGUCUGCCGUGGCAACACUCUCUGACCCAGGUCGACUGGGUUCCCGGUCCCCAUAGGAUCCACAACGUGGUUCCAAAUGCAAUUCAUAUCAACAAGUUUUCUUCUUUCUGCAGCGUGUUCUAAGCCUCUCUCUCCGACGGUGUCUUUUCACAGUUCACAAGCUCAGAUUCAUGCAUUAGAGUGGCUUUUAAAAGGAAGCCUGUUCAUUCGCCUCACAAAGUCAUAUGGGUUUAACUCCAAGUAACAGAUUUUGAGACAGUGUACAUGUUAGUGACUUUUGGGGAUUACAGUUUUUAUUUUCUGCAUCAUUUAUCCUGAAAUUAAUCUGACGAAGAAAAAGAAAAAGCUAUUCUAUGAGUUAUGAUACUUUAGAGCACAGCUGCAAGGGGGAUGGCCGGACAACCCUGAGUAGGGGCUAUUCUCAUGGUAAAAAUUAAAGAUUGAAACUGAGUAAUGAGUGUGAGAAAGUAAUAGAGGGAGAAAGAGCAAGAUCUUUUCAUAUGAAAAGUGUGUUUUUUUUUAGGUCUACUGGCCACAUCUUAAAACGGACUAUGAGUGAGAGGGAGGGAGACGGCAAAGCCACAUGAAAAGAGAUUAAGAUUAAGACUACAUCUUUCAUUUUAAUACUGCAAUUCUCAAUAAUCUUCACUUGAAAGUUUGACCUGCUAUUCCGGCCCAUUGUCAGGUUUUACCUGCACCAUUUCUUUUUGACAGAAAAAAAAGGAUUAUACUGUAUCUUGAAUGCAAAAUCCUCUUUUGUGAUUUUAAAAAGGAAAUGAUUUUGAGGCCAGAGCAGUUCUCUAUAAGAUAGUUCAAUAUAUUAACAGCGAAUUGACGAAGAAGUGAGAUUGGCUGAAGAGCUGCUUUGCGCUUGCUUACACAUGUUACGCUUACACCAUAAGAGCAAACAUCACAAUCCUGUUGUAGACACACAGGUUAUUCAUUCCAGUGAAACUCAGUUCAGCAUAUGACUAUGAAAUAUAUCACAUCCAAUCGAUGAACAAAAGAACCCGGACAGAGAUCCAAAUCACACAUGGACAUUCAGGCUUACAAUAUGUUUACAUUGUUGAAGUAUGCCAUUAAUGAAAUUCUCUGUGUAAGUGUUUAAAUGAUAAUAAAGUAUUGUUUUCUCCAAUGAGCUUUCACAUGUUUUUGAAUGCCAUAGCAGUUUUGUAUCAUGGUGGAGGGAUUUUUUAUCUUCAUGAAUAUGUUUCUGUAUGAUUACUUGUUCACUGUAUGGGAAGACAAUAUUUUUAAUCUAAUUUUGCAGAAUCAUGACAGAUUAUUGUUUUUUUUCUAAAAAUCAGUGGUGCCAUUAUUGAAUGUUUUGUUUUGUUUUAUUUAAAUUUAAUUUUUUCUUUUGACGGAAUUUCCUGUUGUUGGUUUGGUGAAGCUAUCCUCCAUGGAUGUAAAAAGAAAAAAAAGAUUAAAAAGCAGAAAAAAAAAAAUGACAUGAAUGAGAUGAUCCUAAAGGACGGACUUUGGGAAGGGGAAUGCAAUGCAUUCAGCGGGAAUCCUUUUACAAAUCAAUUGUAUGAGACAUUCAUGUUCAUUGACUUUGUUGUCUUUGUUUUUCCUCAUGGUUGGUUGAAGGUCUUGUGAUGGCACUUACAACUGUAAUUUUAAAUACAUUUUCAUAUUUCACAACUUUCACUUACACUCUUUGUACAAAACAGUUUCUUUUUUUGGGGGGGGAGGGGGGGGGGCAUCAUUGUGAAAAAAGUGAUUUCAGAACAGUACACAUCUGCUGUUUUGAACAUA